CAAUUCGAUGGUAGCUUGCUUGCCAAGCUAGCUACGUGGCACUUCUUGUCUGAGCCAAAGCCUCUGCGUGUGAGAGAGAUUCUAUGACAUCUCCAUUACCGAUCCUAUCACUUUCAGUUACUGCUACUAUUGGGGCUCUUCAUCCUUACCAGCUAAGACACGCACAGUUUUUUCCCCCGACAGAACCGUGUGAUUCCCAAGUCAGUGGAUGGUGAUACGAAAUUUUCUACUUUUCUCUCUACUUAUAGGCCCAAGGCUCCCUAGCCAAUUCACGCUGCAAUCGUCAAUUCACUCUGGUUACCGCAUUAAAGCAGAAUUUGUUCACCCACUGUUUGUAAUCCUUGAGUUGCUAUGGGUUACCUAAGUAAUGAGUUUGAUCAAACUAAUCAACAAAACGAUCAUGGUGCACUGAUACGAAAUGGAAAGGAAAUUCUUUUUCAGGCAUUCAACUGGGAGUCUCACAAAUACGAUUGGUGGAGAAAUUUAGAAUCCAAAGUUCCUGACAUAGCAAAAGCUGGAUUUACUUCAGCCUGGUUGCCACCACCAACACAUUCCUUCUCUCCUCAAGGUUACACUCCGCAAAACCUUUACUCUCUCAAUAGCUCAUAUGGCUCUGAGCAUCAGUUACAAGCUUUGCUUCAUAAGAUGAAGCAGUGCAAGGUACGAGCAAUGGCUGACAUAGUUAUCAAUCAUCGUUGUGGCACAACCCAAGGACGUGGAGGGAUGUAUAAUCGUUAUGAUGGAAUUCCAUUAUCAUGGGAUGAACGUGCUGUAACAGCUGAUACUGGUGGCUUGGGUAGUCAAAGCACAGGGGCCAUUUUCCAUGGGUUUCCAAAUAUUGAUCAUACCCAAGAUUUUGUGAGAAAGGACAUCGUUGGGUGGCUCCAAUGGCUACACAGUAAGAUAGGCUUUCAGGAUUUUCGUUUUGAUUUUGCAAAGGGUUAUUCACCAAAAUUUGUGAAAGAGUAUGUUGAAAAAACAAAGCCAGCAUUCUCUGUUGGGGAGUAUUGGGAUUCUUGCAACUAUCGCGGUUGUGUUUUGGACUAUAACCAAGACAGCCAUAGGCAACGGAUAAUCAAUUGGAUCGAUGGCACAGGUCAGCUUUCAACUGCAUUUGACUUCACGACAAAAGGAAUUCUUCAGGAAGCUGUCAAGGGAGAUUUUUGGCGUUUAAGGGAUCCUCAAGGAAAGCCACCAGGGGUCGUGGGGUGGUGGCCUUCAAGGGCAGUGACAUUUUUAGAUAACCAUGAUACAGGUUCUACACAGGCUCAUUGGCCCUUCCCCUCAAAUCAUAUCAUGGAGGGUUAUUCUUACAUAUUGACGCAUCCAGGGAUACCGACAGUUUUCUAUGAUCACUUUUAUGAAUGGGGUAACUCGACUCGUGAUCAGAUUGUGAAGUUGAUUGAUAUCCGCAAGCGUCAGGGUAUUCACAGCCGAUCACCUGUAAGGAUUGUGGAUGCUAAGCAGAAUCUAUACGCAGCAUUCAUCGGGGAUAGAGUGUGCAUGAAGAUUGGAGAUGGUUCUUGGUGCCCUUCUGGUAGGGAAUGGACCCUGGCAACUUCUGGCCACAGAUACGCAGUAUGGCACAAAUAUUAGUGUCUUUUUAAAAAUCCCCGUACCCCCUUAUUACUUAUGACCUCACCUUUUCAUUUGAUGAAAGUGGGGAUACACCUCAGGACCUCACGUCGCGGAUUCAUUCCUUACGUGACCAAUAAUAAUAGUAGAUAUUUUGGGAUGUGCGUUUUUUUCCUUUUCUAAUAGGUGAAAGUAAAAUUACUACUGUGCCUCCUGAGGUUAUGAAAAAUCAUCAUAUUAGUAUUUGACUGCGACAUUAGAGCGCUUUAUUACAAUUUUGACAGUCCUGAUAUUUUCAUAUUGAGUGUGCUGGUAAUCUCGUAUAGCUAUUGGGUAUUUGGAAAACCCCGAUAUCAAUUAAAAUAAUUUUACAACAUAAAA